CUGAGAGUGUCAUUCACUCCAUUCGGUCCUCUCAGUCUGCUGAAGAGAGGUCUCUCUCGGUCUCUCUUUCUCUCUCAUGCUAUCCUAUUCUUUUUAUUAAUAAUCUCCUUUUUUCAGGAUCAAUUCAUUGAGGAUGUGAUUACGGGUCUUUCUUUUUCCUUAUUGUCAACCUUUUUAAGCAUUCAUUUGAUUGAUUUAAUGUUUUUCUUUCUGGCUUUCCAAACCCUUUUCACCACAAUUGUUCACAUGGAGACUUCAGGAAACUGCAUGUGAGUGUGUGUGUGUGUGUGUGUGUGUGUGUGUGUAUGUGUGUGUAUGUAUGCAUGCAUGUGUAUGUGUGCAUGUGCAUGUGUGUAUGCGUGUGUAUGUGAUGAACAUUUACUCUGCCCACUCUGCGACUCCCGCAUGUGUAAGGAAGCGGCCGCGAUGCUGCCACUCUCUCGCUGCCUGAGCUGUUAAUGAGGGCUGUGGAGUGAGUGGAGGAGGGGAGGGGAGCUGGGGGGAUAGCCAGUGAACUGACAAAGAAGAGAGAGCACCUGUUCCUCUCUGCCACAACCCGGAAGCCAUGGAUAUUAACGUCCAGUCACAUCGCUUCUACAUCCAGCAGAUCUACUGUGACGCCAGUUCUCAGGUCACUGAGUAUAAGAUCAGCGAGCAGAGCAUUUGCCAGGCCCGAGCUUCGGUGAUGGUUUACGAUGACACCAGCAAGAAGUGGGUGCCCAUCAAGCCAGGCCAGCAGGGCUUCAGCCGCAUCAAUAUCUACCACAACACUGCCAACAACACCUUCCGUGUGGUGGGGGUCAAGCUGCAGGACCAACAGGUCGUCAUUAACUACUCUAUUGUGAAGGGACUUAAGUACAAUCAGGCCACUCCGACCUUUCACCAGUGGCGUGACGCCAGGCAGGUGUACGGACUCAACUUUGCCAGUAAGGAGGAGGCUACCACGUUCUCCAAUGCCAUGCUCUUCGCCCUCAACGUGCUGAGCACUCAGGAUGGAGGUCCAGCGGUGCAGCGCCAGGUACAGAAUGGACCCACAACAGAGGACCUGGAUGUGCAGAGAAGGCAGAUGGAGAUACAGCAACAGCAGCAGAUGCAGGCACACAUAGACAGAGAGCGACGAUCAUCCAACUCAGGUUCCCCAUUUCAGGGCCAUCCCACCGUGCUCUCUGUGGCUCCUCCAACUGUAGCUCCGCCCUCCAUGCCAAUGGGAGGACCGUGCCCGCCUCCCCCUCCUCCACCUGCACCUCCUGGGCCUCCACCGCCCUUCGGAGGGGCUCCUCCUCCACCUCCGCCACCUCUGCCCAUGGUUGGAGGUGGUUAUGGUGGCCAUGGGACACCGCACGAUGAGCCGCAGGCCCCCACCGGCCUUGCAGCCAUGAUCGCGGGAGCCAAACUGCGUAGAGUGCAAAGGCCUGAGGACAGCUCAGGAUCUGGAGCCAAAAACGACGCCAACCGGACUAGUGGAGGUAGCGGAGGUUUAAUGGAGGAGAUGAACGCCCUGCUUGCACGAAGACGAAAAGCCGCAGACCAGUCUGAGAAAAUCGGAGAUGGCCAAAAUGAUGAUCCCAAUUCCUCCUCACCCAUGUCUAGAGGACAGAGUGCCUCAGAUGGCGCAAAGAAGCCGUGGGACCGAGCCAAUUCUGCAGAGAGGUCAUCAUUGGUAUCUAGGGUUCGGCCUGUGGGAAGUAACAAUGACACAGACGCUUUAGACUUUGACAGAAUGAAACAGGAAAUCUUGGAAGAAGUUGUUCGUGAAUUGCACAAGGUGAAAGAUGAAAUUAUUGAUGCCAUUAGACAUGAACUUAGUAGAAUUAGCACGACAUAAUCUCCCAGCCCUAUGUGGCCCAUCUUUUAUGAGACCCAACCCCUGGCAGGACCUGCUGUAGCCGAAGAGGGGAAGCUGCCCAGCAACAUGACUACCAUGUUAAAGCAAAUGUGGAAUUUUGCUGUAACAUGUAGAUUGUGGUAACCCUCAGAUAUAUAAAUGGAAGAAGGACACUUGCACUGAUCUCUGUUUUCUGGUUUAAAAUAAUAUUUGGCAACUGUCUUUUCAUUCUUGAAAUCUUUAUAGAAAAUUGUUAUUAUUAUUAUUAUUAUUAUUAUUACUAUUAUUGGUGGUGGUGGUGGUAGUGGUAGUGAUGUCCUUGUAAGUAGUAGGUAUAUUGUCAUGAAAAGAUAAUAAAAAAUAACACUGAUUUAAAUUUUGAUAACAACAACAACAACAACAACAAUAAUAAUAAUAAUAAUAAUAAUAAUAUCAUAGGUCUCUAUGUUAGCCUUUAUUUCAUUGGUCUUUAUUUUCCUUUGCUGGUGGAAAAAAUAAUUAUAAGCUUAUACAGCAGCAAAUUAUUUCUCACAACCUGAACUUUUUUUUAAUCAAGAUUUUAAGAUUUUUUAUUUUUAUUUUGGCAACACAAAUGUGUAUGUAAUCACUGACAGGAAGAUUUUUAAAACAAGGUGGGAUCAGCAACAAACUAUUGCUUUUUGGAUAUUGCAAUCUUAUAAACAGAAACAUCAGUACACCAGAGUAUUUGUGAUCAUGUUGUUAAUAAAAUGUUUAUUGGCUGCAAGAAUUUGGUGAAGCAUUGUUUGUUUUAUUCUUUCCUCGUUUGACUAUGUGCUUCCUGGUUUGAAAAAAAAAA